AGACUUUAGCCUCUGGUUUUUUCCUAAACUUUUGGCAUUCUCACCUAUAUAACCGAACCCCAUCCUCCCAUCGGAUUCAUCAAAGCAUAGCUCGUAUUAUCGUACUCUCUACAAAUCCCACUACAAACUUGUUGGUUCUAUAUUACAGUAACAUAAAAAAAUGAGUUCAGCUAGUAAAGCUUGGUUGGUUGCAGCAGCUAUUGGAGGUGUUGAGGCGUUGAAAGAUCAAGGGUUCUGUAGGUGGAACUACACCUUGAGAUCCCUACACCAUCAUGCCAAGAACCAUGUCAGAUCAGCCUCUCAGGCCAAAAAGCUUUCUUCUUCAUCCUCAGCCAUGAUCUCAAAUAUAGUCAAGGAAGAGAAGGCAAAACAGUCGGAGGAGUCUUUAAGAAAAGUCAUGUACUUGAGUUGUUGGGGUCCAAACUGAAGCUAUGAAUCUAGUAGGUGAAAUCGAGGGACUUAGUUUAUAGUUUAUAGGAGUAAAUCCUUACAAGCUUAUGCAAAUUGUAAAUUUUGAUGCUGAUUUGCUGAAAUCGAACGUUAUCAUAUGUUUUUAUCAA